UCCGGUAUCUGGCUGCUUAGGUAACCACCAGGAUAACGAUAAGCAGGACAAUAAUCGAUAAGAAUACCUGGAUAAGGAAGAUAAGCGCUCAAGUUGCCGGCGCAAAUCUACGCUCGCACGCUCCUGUCUCAGGAUUUUACCAGAAACAACUUAGAAGCCUGCGAAAACCACCAGCUGACUCUACUUACGAACCGGCGAGCAAUAUUCCGAAUCGCCAUGCCCUCACUAUUCUGGCCUCUUGGGCUGCGUAUAGCACACCCGGCGCCGCUGGCGCUGCCGCCUCUGCGCCUCAUCCCGCCCAUAAGUAGAAGAAGCACACGGUUUCUGUCGAGCGCCCCAAAGAACGCUGUCCCAGAACCACCCACUGCUGCUGCCCCGGAACCACCCACUGCCGCUGCCCCGGAACCACCCACUGCCGCUGCCUCUACUCAGACCGAAUUACCGACGGCACCUAAACUGCCAUACAUUGUUCUUAAGAAUAGCCUCCAAAACUUCGGCGUCUACCAGAGAGAUAGACGCGGCGGUAACCUACGCAUCACGCUUUUGAAAAAUGCGCGGGGCAACUUGAGAGCCCUGACGCGUGACCUCGCGCAGGGAUUGGGUGUAGACUUUGGCGAGGUGAAGGUAAAUGGCAUUACGGGACACAUCGUGGUAAAGGGCCACAAACGAAACGAAAUCAUAAACUUCCUCAACAAACUACCCUUUUCAGAGGAAGAAAGAGGCGAAGAAAAAGCCAUAGGGACACCAUCGCCGUCCACGCGCGCCGGGUCCUAGUCUGUGUGCUUGCGUGCGUGCUUGCGAAGCUGAAGACGCUGAUCGCCUAGGCUGUGACGAUGGGGAAAUUUUAUGCGGACCUCAGUCGAGCGAUAUGGGAGAGGCCCUCCGCUGA